AUGACUGAGGCCAAGAAGGGUGUCCUCGCACAGGGCGUGCAGAACUUCACCGAUCUCUUCCACUGGAAGGUUCGUUCGGUCACCAUCGACGAAAAUGGUGAGGAGGAAGUCACCUGGGAGAGGCCCCAGCGACCCCCCAACCCGUUCCGCCUGCUCGGCAUGCUUGGCAUGGCCGGAUGGGGUGCCUACCUGAUCGGAUUCUCGGCCUGGACCGCCGACGCCUUCGACUUCCAUGCCCUCUCGAUCCAGACCACCAAGAUGUCGAAACACUUUGGUGUCUCCAAGACCCGAGUCACCGAGGCCAUUACGCUCACCCUGCUGCUCCGUUCGGUCGGCGCUGCCAUUUUUGGCAUGUGCUCCGACUACUUUGGACGCAAAUAUCCGCUCGUUCUCAACAUGUGGGCUCUCGGUGCCCUUCAGGUCGCCUCCAUCUACUGCAAGAACUUCAACCAGUUCCUCGCCGUCCGUGCAAUCUUCGGACUUUGCAUGGGCGGUGUGUACGGCGGAGCAGCCAGCAUGGCGCUCGAGAGCAUCGACCCCGAGGCAAGAGGUCUUUUCAGUGGUAUCUUCCAGCAAGGAUACAGUUUUGGAUACGUUUUGGCGGCUUGCGUCAACCUCGGAGUCGGCGGCGCGGUUUCGACCUGGCCGAUCAUGUUCUGGGUCGGAGCGGGAUUCAGCUUUGCUGUCGGCUUCCUCAGGCUCCUCUGGCCCGAGUCCAAGCAGUUCAUCGAGGCCCGAAACGCGUCCAAGGGCUCCGGUACCAAGAACUUCCGCAAGUCGUUCUUUGGCAUGCUUAAGAAGGAGUGGAAGACGUGCAUCUUCGCUAUCAUCUUGAUGAGCUGGUUCAACUGGUUCUCUCAUAGCAGCCAAGACUCGUACACGACCUUCAUGCUCUCCGGAAAGCAGCUGAACAACACGGCGGCAUCGAGGGCAUCGAUUUUGAUGAAGACCGGCGCCUGCGUCGGCGGAACGAUCUGGGGCUACAUGUCGCAGUGGAUUGGACGACGACGCGCCAUGAUCUUGGCCUGCCUUGUGUGCUGCUGCCUCAUUCCUGCUUGGAUCCUUCCAAACUCCGAGUCUGGUCUCGAAGCUGGCGGCUUUUUGCUUCAGGCUUGCGUGCAGGGCGCGUGGGGUGUGGUUCCCAUCUACCUGUCCGAGAUCUCGCCUCCUGCAUUCCGUGCCAUCUUCGUUGGCCUGACCUACCAGCUGGGCAACGCCAUCUCGUCGCCUUCGACCCAGCUCAUCAACUACCUCUCGGAGAACAACUUCAUCCGCGCUCCCAACGGCAAGAUCGUCGAGGCGUACGGUCCGGUGAUGGCGAUCGCCACUGCUAUCAUUGCGAUCGGCCUCGCACUCACCGCCUCCGUGGGCCCCGAGAAGAAGGGCGCCAGGUUCGAGCGUGCCGCCGCUGCCACCGCCGAGGCUCAGCCCGAGCUUCCCGUCCACAGCAAGAAUGUGGACGACGAGGAGGAAAAGUCUGUGGACCUCACUCAGACCCACACCUACCUCUCCAAGUAA